UAGGGCCGUGCAAGGGAUGUUGUCAUCUGUCAAAUUUGGCCUUCAAUGCGCUGGGAAUCCUAUUGCAAUUUGUAUAGAAUUUUGCAAUGUUCAAAUGAAGUUCUAGCCAAGAUCGAUGGUGUGACAUAAAGGUGCUUGCGUUCAUGUGUUAAAAUGACAUCGAGGAGCAAAAAUGCGGUGCGAAUUUACGAAACAGAAAUUGACAAGAGCAGAGAGGAGGCGAAUUGGAAGAAGGUAGUGGACCUGGCUCAACAGCUAAAGGCCAGGUCACCACAGCAUGAAAGCCUCGCUCACUUCCUCAUCGGUGAAGGAAAGCUGGAAGCGUUUCUUGACGAAUGGCCACCGACGAAGGAGAACAUCGAGAGGGCCCAGCGGGAGCUGUCCGAAGCGCGUGGAUACCUCACCCUGGCCACAGAUGACGCUGGGAAGCGGGCAGGAGUAGCGCUGGACGCUCACUUGCUCUUGGGCAAGUUGAACUAUGCCUGUGGAGCGUACGAUGUUGCAUUGAAACACUACCAGUUGGCCGAACUGAAUACCUUGACUGAAAAAGAAUUACCAGUCCGGAGCGUGCGCAUCGUGGCCGAGUCGUACGCGAUCAAGGGGCUGUGCCUCGAGCAAAACGCCCUGCCCGGCUCCACCAGCCGCUACAAGCAGGCGGAGAAGGAGUCUGAAAUGAUCCGCAGCUUCGAGUUGGCGUCAGACCUGACGCUGCUAUAUCUUCAGCGCGCACAGGCGGCGGGCGCGCGCGCCGGGCCCACGCUUGAAACGGCGCUCCAACGAGUGCCUAUACUACACAUACGGGCCGGCCGGUUACAGAACGCCAUCGACAGGUACCGCUCGAUGCUGACGGCGGUGGAGUCGACGUCGACGCAGGCGCUGCGCCUCACGCUCACGCGCCAGCUGGCCGAGGUGCUCAUGCGCGGCGUCACCGGCCAGGUAUACAAAGCGCCAGAGAAGCUAACAGUGAUGCCACAGCAAGGAACGCUGACGAGGCGGCGGGAAGACCACGUCUCGGAAGGCCCAUGGAAACCAAAGAAGUAUGCUGGGAUCAACCAGUUCGUGCCGCGCAACGAGUACGAGGAGGUUGUUUUGCUGCUGCUGGUGGGCGAGGCGAUGGCGGUGCGCGACGCCGNUUACCGGGUGCCGCAGCGGCCGCUGCUCCGACUGACAAGUACCUUGAUAGGGAAAUAA